GGAGCGAAACGUGCUCUUGUAAGGACACUCCCCCUUUAGCGGUUAGUUGUACAACAAGAGUCACAUGAUUCCAUGUGCGUUUCAUAAGGCCAGAGAGCCAGCUAAGACUUUAACUGAAUGCGCUGCUCUCCUUUACAUCAUUUUGUAACAAUGCAUCGGUCGGGACAGUGACAUCCACGGCGUCUCGUUCUAGAAUUGUCAAAGGAAUUGGUUUGGAACUGGCGCGAUGUUUUUCUCGUUGGGAUCGGUGACAGCUCUAGUGGCUGGCAUUUUCGCCCUACACGUUGUACAGAAACUGUGUUUCCCUUACUUUUGGAAGGAUGUUUUUUAUUUAGUGAAAGUCAUCCGGUACGGCGCACGUCUGGAGAUAUUCAAAAUUACUUCAAAAGUUGUCACUAUCAUUGACAGAUUCGUGCAACAGGCAGAGCGAAUUCCCACAAAACCUUUCCUUAUAUAUGAGGGAAUAACGUACACCUAUCAAGACAUUAACGAGCGGAGCAACAAAUUGGCGAAUGUCUUCCUCGAGCAGGGCACGUUGAAGAAAGGGGACUCCGUUGCGCUUCUGAUGAACAAUGAGCCCGACUUCAUCUGUGUUUGGUUCGGAUUGAUCAAACUCGGAUGUGCAGUGGCUUUUCUAAACACAAACAUUAAGUCCAGAUCGUUGCUACAUUGUUUCAACUGCUGUGGGGCCAAGACUCUUGUUGUUGGUGCAGACCUGUUGGACUCCUUGGAGGACAUCUUGCCCAGCUUCCUGGAGGACAACAUCUCGGUGUGGGCCAUGAAGAACGAGAGCAGCCACACGGAGGUCCAGACACUGCUAGAUAAGAUGGACAAGGCGUCGGACAAGCCCACCCCGCCUGCCCUGAGGGCUGCCACCUCCCUCAAGGCCGCCACCCUCUACAUCUUCACCUCAGGAACCACUGGUCUGCCUAAGGCUGCGGUCAUCACACACCUCCAGUCCCUGAAGGCUGCAGCAGGGUUCUGGGCCUACGGUGGGUCGGAAGAUGACGUGGUCUACAUCCCCCUGCCUCUCUACCACAGUGCAGCCUCUCUCAUCGGUGUCGGGGGAACCAUCGAGAUGGGCGCUACCUGUGUCUUGAAGAAGAAGUUCUCAGCCUCACAGUUCUGGAAUGACUGUAGAAAAUACGACGUGACCAUCUUCCAGUAUAUCGGCGAGCUCUGUCGAUAUCUGUGCAAUCAGCCUAAGGCCGAGGGGGAGAAGAAGCACAAGGUGCACAUGGGUGUGGGAAACGGGCUCCGGCAGGACGUGUGGCGGGAGUUCCACCGACGUUUCGGCGAGAUCCGCAUGUGCGAGCUCUACGGCUCAACAGAGGGCAACCUGUGUUUCAUGAACCACAUCGGCAAGAUCGGAGCUGUGGGCCGCUCCAACUUCUUCUACAAGCUCCUCUUCAAGUAUGACCUGGUAAGGUAUGACAUGGUACGAGAUGAGCCGGUCAGGAACAGCCAGGGCUUCUGUCAACACGUUAACAAGGGUGAGACGGGUCUUCUCUUGUCCAAGAUUGGCGCCUCCAGUCCCUUCUUUGGCUACGCAGGGAGCAAACAGCUGACCGAGAAGAAGUUGAUGAGGAACGUGUUCGUGAAGGGAGACGCGUACUUCAACACUGGAGACCUCAUGGCUGAAGAUGCUGAGGACUUUAUCUGUUUCAAGGACCGAGUGGGGGACACUUUCCGGUGGAAGGGUGAAAACGUGGCAACAACAGAAGUGACGGAGGUGCUCGGACUGGUAGACUUUAUCCAAGAGGCCAAUGUCUAUGGGGUGGAGAUUCCAGGAAAUGAGGGAAGAGCCGGAAUGGCCGCCAUCAUCGUGAGGCCUGAAUGUGAGUUUAGCGGGAAGAAGCUAUUUGACCACGUCCUCAAUGAUCUACCAGGCUAUGCUCGUCCUCUCUUCAUAAGGCUUCAGGAAUCAAUGGAGAUGACGGGAACCUUCAAGCAGCAGAAAUUCAAUCUAGUGAAGAGCGGCUUCAACCCUUCAACAAUCUGUGACCGUCUCUAUUUCCUGGAUUUCUCAGAGAAAAGCUACGUUCCCCUCACGAACACGCUGUACGGCAGCAUUUUGGCUGGCGAGCGGAAGCUAUAGUGGUUAACCGUAGCUAAAACCACCAACCCUUUUGGUUCACUGAGACGGUGGCAGCAUAGUUGUGCCGUUUCGAAGAGGGACCGAGAGACCGUCAGUUGGGUCUAUUCCUAAUUGUGUAUAAUGUCUGAAAUUGUCUCGUACGAGUGGUCGGGAUCAACAGAGUGGGUUAAUGAUGAAUAUGGGGGGGGGGCAGUCUUAUAUUGAUGGGGGUGUAAAUUGUGCCUCAUCUGAUUUUAUUUAUUUUUUUACAAAAAAAAAUAGCUGUUUUCCUCUCUGGUUUCCAGAUCUAUUGUCAAGACAGUUCAGCUGAGAAGGCUAAAUUGACUUGAGACCAGUGAACCUCGACAAUCAGCACUUUCACUGUCCGUCUGUGCCAUUUUAAUUUGCGGAUGAGGUGUCAUAAAGUGUCACUAGUUCCUCGUUGAAAUGAAGACGAAUGGCAGACUAAAUAGAGGCGUCGUGUGUUUUGAGGCACCGAUGACCAUAUUCUGGCCACCCAAAAUUCUUCGUUCUGACCUACUACACUAACCAACGUAGAUAUGAACUUUUAAUAUCAGAAACGCUUUGCUACAAAUAGUAGUAAUUCUUUUUUUAAAUUUAAAUUUAAUUUAUAUAGUUAAGGCUCAUAAUUUAAACCAAAGUAGGUGUGCUUCGCAGAAGUACAUUUGUUAGGUGUCGUCUAGUAACUGUGUUGAGAUAGUACAGUCCACUGACACAGCACUAGUUUAUUAAGGGCAUCAUGCACUAUGUCUUGUUUUCAACAGUUUACCAGUUAGUCAUUACCAUCUUGUGUUACUCUUGAGAUGUAACCAGACCCAGGUCCAAGUAGUCUUUAUUUCCUUACUUGUACUUUUCAAUCUGUUCCAGUGGUUCCGUUGUACGACCACCUCAAGAAAACAAGUACUAUUUGAACCCGGGGGUCUGAAUGUGGUGCAAAGUGAUUAUAUUUACUGUCAAAUGACAGCUGAGAAGUUUGUCAGGGAUUCUUUUAAGGGUCCAAUUCAGUCAAACCAGUGUUAAUGCCUUAUCCCCUCAAUAAAAUAACAAUGUGGUUCUGGUACUGUAAAAUACUAGCCUGAGGGCCAUUCUGUUGGUGCUAUCAUGCCAACUCCUUGUCAGCCAUUGUCAUGCCAAUACUUGUCAUAUUUGACUUGCAAUGGAGUCUGAGAUCAGGCUAUAGAAGGUCUGAGAUCAGGCUAUAGAAGGUCUGAGAUCAGGGUAUAGAAGGUCUGAGAUCAGGCUAUAGAAGGUCUGAGAUCAGGCUAUAGGAGGAGACAACAGAUCUGGUACCAGGCUAUAGGAGGAGACAACAGAUCUGGGACCAGGCUAUAGGAGGGGACAACAGAUCUGGGACCAGGCUAUAGAAGGAGACAACAGAUCUGGGACCAGGCUAUAGAAGGAGACAACAGAUCUGGGACCAGGCUAUAGAAGGAGACAACAGAUCUGGGACCAGGCUAUAGGAGGAGACAACAGAUCUGGGACCAGGCUAUAGGAGGAGACAACAGAUCUGGGACCAGGCUAUAGGAGGAGACAACAGAUCUGGGACCAGGCUAUAGGAGGAGACAACAGAUCUGGGACCAGGCUAUAGGAGGAGACAACAGAUCUGGGACCAGGCUAUAGGAGGAGACAACAGAUCUGGGACCAGGCUAUAGGAGGAGACAACUGGUCUGAGACCAGGCUAGUAAAAGAACAAGCAAGCCACCUCUUAUAAGUAGAUGCUCCUAGCUUUGUAAUUAGGCAUCUGGCCUCAUUUAUGCAGUAUCUCUACUUACUAAGGCAUGUUUGAGGCUAAGGCAGGUUUGACUGAAUUCAGCCCUUUGUUUAAGAGUUUUCUAUGUAUAGGUAUUAUUAAUUUGUACAGCUAUUUGAACUAUGUUUUGGUGAAGAAGACUAUAGUUUACAAUGUCAAAUGUUGAAUUCAUUAAGAUGAUCAAGUCCCUAUGAUUAAUCUAGCUAGGACUAUAAUAUAAUUGUCAUAUAAUUUAAGCACAAGGAAUGAUUACAAUGAAGUUAAUUUGCGCAGUGUGUGAAAAUCUGCGAUUUUUAGGUUGUCUGAUACCUCUUGUUUUAAUUUCCUGUUUGGACAGCCAAACACAUUUAUUUCACUUUGAUUAUUUAGAAUGUUGAAUAUUUGGUCAAAUGGUGUUUAAACAGCAUUUGUGGUUUAUCAUUUUAAUUUGAUAGUAUUUCAUUUGGGUGAAUGUGUGUCUAGUGCUUGUGUGCCCGAUACAUCAACACUUUCAAAUGCAAAUUUCAGAGUUAAAUGGACCACCAUUUUCAACUUUUCCUUGAAAUGAUUUAUCAUCAUUUCUAAUCUACAAUGCUUGUUUGGUUACAGUAAAUUUGAUUAAUGCAGUCAAUAUAUUAUUAAUAAAGCCUUACCCUUGUCAUUGUAGGAGUGAAAAUGUUUGCAGAUCUCAAAACCUAGGCUAAAAUUUCCUUAUACAAAUUCAAUAGGAUUCAAUUUCAUUAUACAAAUUCAAUAGGAUUCAAUUUCAUUAUACAAAUUCAAUAGGAUUCAAUUUCCUUAUACAAAUUCAAUAGGAUUCAAUUUCCUUAUACAAAUUCAAUAGGAUUCAAUUUCCUUAUACAAAUUCAAUAGGAUUCAAUUUCCUUAUACAAUUUCAAUAGGAUUCAAUUUCCUUAUACAAAUUCAAUAGGAUUCAAUUUCAUUAUACAAAUUCAAUAGGAUUCAAUUUCCUUAAACAAAUUCAAUAGGAUUCAAUUUCCUUAAACAAAUUCAAUAGGAUUCAAUUUCCUUAAACAAAUUCAAUAGGAUUCAAUUUCCUUAUACAAAUUCAAUAGGAUUCAAUUUCCUUAUACAAAUUCAAUAGGAUUCAAUUUCCUUAUACAAAUUCAAUAGGAUUCAAUUUCCUUAAACAAAUUCAAAAUUAUUCAAUUCAGAUUCAAUUUCUGGUGUUAUUUGUCCACUUUGCUUUUACCCGAAACCCAUCUUUCCAAAAUGGAAAAUAUGCCUGUACAUUUUGAAGUAACAGUUAGGGUCUUAGGGCUACAACAGUAAAUAGUCAGUGAUCUGACAGUCCUGUUAAUGUCUGUGUGUGUAGAAGCUAUAAAGCUAUAACACUACUUAACACUGACAGGUAUGUUCAAUGCAUUACGAUGUGGUUUAUAAUGUAUUGUAAAACAUGUUAUAAUCACGUAUGACCCCCCCCCCCCUCCUCCCCCCUUUGAUAAAGUCUUACCUCAUAAUGAUCAUCUCAAAUUUCAGUCAGUUGAAAACAUGAUACAUAGAGAGACGUAUUACAGGCUUUUAAAACAAGACUGAUGCUUUCUUACAACAGUUAAUAAAGCGUUGUAGCUGCUUCAAGUGUGGUACUAGUUAUACCACCUGUUGUGUUGAUUCUCUCAGGGUACUUUUACUGUGUGCACUGGGAAGACCUUGCAAGCUGUAGGGUUUUUAACCCAUUGAGGUCCGACAGUAUAUGUACUGUAUUUGUGUUUUCCAUUGUCAUCAUUGAAGCCUUCAUUAACAGUUCUUUUUAGAACACAUAUUUAGCCUAGCUGAUUAUGGGAAUAGUCUGCCAUUGUGAAUAUGAUAUGGAAGAAUUAUUAAAAGUUUUUAAAAAUGA